CAAAGCGUCGUCAUUCGUCACAUCUCAAUAUUGAAAGGUCGGAAAAUUACGGUGCCCUACAAUUUGUUCCCCAAUGCUUAAGAAGGGGUUCGCCGGAUAGUUUCUCCACCGUCUCCUCGCUUCCUCCCCAGAGAUGGCGGCGAACUUCUGGACCUCCUCGCACUACAAGCAACUCCUUGACCCCGACAAGGUCGACGUGGUCCACCGCCUCGACAAGGAGAAAUGCCUCACCUUGGAAGAAUUUCGUCUCAUCAAGAUCCACAUGAGCAUCCAUAUUUGGAGGUUGGCUUUACAUGUCAAAGUAAGACAAAGGGUUAUAGCUACUGCAAUCACAUACUUCAGACGAGUAUAUACAAGGAAGAGUAUGUCUGAAUAUGACCCACGCCUAGUUGCUCCAACAUGCUUGUACCUUGCCUCAAAAGUAGAGGAGAGCACAGUGCAGGCCAGACUUCUUGUAUUUUACAUCAAGAAGAUGUGCACAUCAAGUUCAGAUGAAAAGUAUCGCUUUGAAAUCAAAGACAUUCUUGAAAUGGAAAUGAAAGUUCUGGAAGCUCUUGAUUAUUAUUUAGUUGUGUUUCACCCUUAUCGCCCACUCCUCCAACUAUUGCAGGAUGCCAAUAUAACAGAUCUGACUCAGGUUGCUUGGGGUCUCGUAAAUGAUACCUACAAGAUGGAUCUUAUUCUUAUACACCCUCCACAUAUGAUUGCUUUGGCCUGCAUUUACAUUGCUUGCGUUCUAAAGGACAAGGAUCUGACCUCAUGGUUCGAGGAACUUCGCGCAGACAUGAACAUCGUCAAAAAUAUCGCCAUGGAGAUAUUGGAGUUUUUCGAGUACUGCAGGCCUGACCCAAAGAACAACAUCUUACUCCCAGAGGACAGAAUCAAUGCUGCCCUUAACAAAGUAGCAGCAAAGCCCUGAUUAAUAAUUAUUAACCAAUGCAAACAUAUUGUAGAACAAAUGACUUAUUUCUUAUCUGAAAAGGUAAUGCUCUGUGGAUUAUUUGGUACUGGUGAUUAAAAUCGAUUGAUGUGAAUCUAUUCGGUUUGACGCAAAUCUAAGGCCUAUAAGAUCAUCAACAAUGUUGAUGAUGUGAUAAUCUGUUUUGCUGAUUGUUUCACCUGGAGGAAAUUUAGUCCGAUCCAAUUAUUGUUUUC